AUGAUUGGUUACACCCAUGGACAACAAGCCUACAAACUCCUGGACCUACAGAAAUGCACUGUGUCCUCUAGCCAGCAUGUGAGGUUUGAUGAAUCUGGUUCCCUCAGCCUUCUGGAGUUAAGGCCAUGGACACCAGACCCCACUGGCAAACAGUGGGAGGGCCUUAUCCCACCACAACUCCACUGA